UGCCAGCACUGCCGCAUCAGCUUUGAAGAGCGAGGACUUUAUUUUCUGCACAAGUCCCUUCAUGGGGAGAUGAGCCCAUGGCAGUGCAGCAUUUGUCACAAGAUCUGUGCUGACAGAAAUGAUUUCCACCUGCACUUUGUGAAC